GUUCAAAUUGGAUAUUAAGUAUUGAGAAUUGAGGAUUGACCCACAGAAUAUUAGGCACCCAACUCAACCCCAUGUCUUAAAAAGGGGUAAUCUACCCAUGAAUCAAAGCUAGUACUUUAAACAGUGGCAGUGAGAAAGAUAAAAUGGAGAGGUGAGUGAAAGGAGGACCGAAUGUGGAGAGUGGUGAUAGAUAUAAAGCAUCAGAGGUUUGGGCGAAUAGGCCAAGCUCUGGCCUUGUUCUCCUCUAACAAAGUAACAUGUUUGUUUUCUACUCAAGCAAAGAUUCUCCUAUUUGAGGUAAGGAGAGCAUUUAACAAAUCUCGGGUGUGAUAAAUAUUUUGCCAAAUUUUUCUGCAUUUUUGGUUAAGGAGUGAUCUGAAGGAGUGAUAGGUCUGCUAGUGGUGAGUAUUUUUUGAGCUUUUUGGAUUAUAGUUUGGUUUGGGUCUUUGGAAUUGCGGUCAUCAAAGUCGCUGAGCCAGGGAGAAAGGGAAGGAAAUGAUAGCUUGUGGGAAUGUAGAUGCGAAAUGGAGUGAAAAGAAGAUGGAGGAAGAUGAUCGUUUGAGAACAUUAGAGUGCUUGAGAGGAAGAUUACUUGCAGAGAGAGUAGCUUCAAGGACAGCCAAAGAGGAUGCGGAGCUCAUGAGCAACAAGUUGAUCGAGCUUGAGAGCAAGUUAAAAACAGAGAUCAAAGCAAGGAACAGGGCUGAAAAGAGGCUUAAAUUCUUAAUGAAAAAGCUCGAUUCUUUGAAAAUCCCAUUUGCCUCAGAGGGAUCAGAACAGUCCAGUUCAUCAGAUAACAGCGAAAUCUCCUGCCAAUCAUCCAUAACCUCCUCAGCCACCAAAAACCCAGAAGAAAAAGAGUCCAAAUCUCAAAUUCCAAACUCUCCCAAAUGCGAGAUAGAAGAAAAGCUAGAGAAACCAGACUCCCCAACAAUCUCACAAGACUCUACUGAACUUCAAUCGAACCCAAGCUCCAAAGAUAUCAAGAACGAUGAGCACAGCUCUGGUAGCCAAAAAUCUUCAGAGGCAGAGAUGGAGAUCAAUGGAGACAUGAAUGAGGAGGAGAACAUAGACAAUUCACUGGCAUUGGUUCCGGUGAGCAUUCCGACGGAGUCACCGGUGGAAGUAGAUGUCGGAGAAGUGCUAGCAGCACUGAGGCAUGCUAGAGAAAAGAUUCAGAGGUCAAUGGGAACAAGGCAUAUGAUUAAUGUUGGGUCAAUUGGAACUCGCAUAUGCUAAUAGUAAUAAUGUCCUUCUUAACAUCUAAGUCACGUCUAGGACGGGAGAGAUAACCUGUGCAUAAAGCCGGACCCUUGGAUCUGCGGUCAACUUUCAUAGUCUUAGCCGUUAGAUGCCUUGACCUUGAGAUCCAAAAGUUCUGUAUGUAUUUUUCUUCUUCUCUACUCAAGCUUUUUGAAUUUGAAUCUGAUAUUUUUGGA